GCUAAACUUGAUCUAAUGUAGUUCAUACCAACUAGCCCGGAUGAGACCCGCAGGAUUGUAUGCUUUGUUGCCUCAGACCACCACGGAAUAAUUCUGCCAGUUCUACCAAUCGCGGUCGUCGACGACGACGUAUAAACGAUGCUUUGCAACGCCGUCGAAAUUUUCGUCGUGACUCCAGCAGCUAUACACCCUCAACUAACAGGCGUACAUCUUCCUCGAAGACCUUUUCGGCCCAACAAACUUCAUCUAGUGUGUUUGAAAACACUUUCUCAUUCCAAGAACGUAGGUGCCGGAAUGGAGUAAGCCGUGUCGUCAAGAGGUUUAGCAUUUCCAAUUCUACCGCGUUGCCCGUCAGAAAAAGACAACGACCUUUGGGGCAAAUAAAUAUAUCUUCAGUUCAAGUUGAUGCUGGUCUGCAUGAAAUUAAGUCAGAACUCACACAGUAUUCCAGAACCACAAGAUUUGCUCAACAGAAUGAGAAACGAGGAAAGAAAGUGCGCAGCCGUCGAAAUUUCAGGCGUCGCCGUACCAACAAAAACAAACCGAAAAUCAUGGCUCAUGUCGAAGCAGAAGUGACUGACAUGCCAGCACCCAAUCGUCUUGGUUCUUCUGAACGCAGUUGCAUACUUCCUCAAGGUCCGGACAAUAUUGUACGCAAAUUUCGGCUAGCUGGUCACGUGACCGUACUUGGUAACCUAUCUGCACAGCUUCCGGAGAACUACAAGCUCUCACGACAAAGCAGUGGAUUCUUGGACUCUGCACGCCAGUGCACGCAUAAGUGUCAACAGAAAAGAACCAAACCUCGUCCUGCUUUGUCCAUAUGCACUCAUAGCGGGCUAUGUUUAGACUGUCGAAUGCGCCGACAACUUUGCCAGCAACUCUGCAGUCAGUCACAACAAUCUGAUUCUUUCUCAGUUAGAUUCAGUCCUCUGCUAUCUCGUUUGCGCUGUUUUCUGACUUUUUGUCCCUGUUGCGCGACAGAAACUAUUCUAGAGUGAGUCAUUUUUUCUGUUCCCGGGCGGAUCAGUGAUCCAUCACCGUUUUUUCCGACCGUGAAUAGUGUUUA